AUGCAAGCAAGAGCAGUGAGGAGCACAUUAUUUGAGGGCCCACCACUUGGUUUUGAGAGGAGAUGUUUUUACAGGGAACCAGAUGGCACUAGAGGAGGCCUACUCCUAUGUUGGGAGAGAAACACUGAAAUCAUCCAAAUGCAAGCUACUGAAUUUAGUAAUCAAGUUCAAUACAGACUGGAGUCUUCUAACAAAGUUGAGUGGAUUAUUUUUGUGUAUAUGAGCACUUCAAGGCAGGAAAGAGAACUUCAGUGGCUCUAUUUGCAACAGGAAAGAGAACAGUGGGGCAAAUGGGUUAUUAUGGGGGAUAGGAAUGACAUUAGCAAUGGGGCGGGAAAACUAAGAGGAGACAGAAGUUUUGAGGGUUUUAACAACUUUAUCUCUUAUAUGGGAAUGUCUCUUAUCCAAAUUAAAGGCUACAAAUUCACAUGGGGGAAUAAUAGAGAGGAGGAGGGAUAUGUUGAAGAAGUUCUUGACAAAGCAUUUGGGUCUCUGAACUGGGUUGGUGCUCAUCCUCAGGCCAAAGUGACAAAUAUUUUUAGGAGCUCUUCUGACCAUAGGAUGCUCCUACUUCAAUCAGAGACUAAUGGCCAGCAAAUGACGGAUAGAUUUGUGUUUGACAAGCGGUGGAUUCAGAGGAAUGAUAUUACAGAGGUGAUUGGCAAUGCUUGGAUAGAAGAAGCUUAUGGAACUCCAUUUUUUAUCCUCAAGGAAAAAGUCAAAAAAUCGAGAUUGGCUUUGAGUAGAUGGAACAUGAGUUACAGGAAUCAAAGCAAGUGGCUGAUAGAAAAGUUAACUUUAUCAUUGGAAGAAAUGAGAAAGCUAGGAGGGGGAAGAAAUUGGGAAGAAUAG